CCCUGUCGCCAAGAGAAUGAACGAAGGAAUUGAAAAUCGAUCAUCCAACAACCAAUUAGAGUCGGUUUAACUAUGGGUUUAACAAAAAACAAAAGCCUAAUUUCCCACAGCUCCCCCUCCCUUUCCCCAAACUCAAUCACUCUCUUUCUCUCACAGAAGCGCAUACACUCGGGCAGUAGUUCUCAGCCUCAGCAUCUCACACUCUCACCUCUCUACCUCACUCACCGUUACCGCACGGUCACCGCCUUGUCUCCGCGCCGCCAGUCGCUACUCGCAUUUGCUUCGUCCACCUGCGCGCCUCCCUCUGUUUCGUCCUUGCCGUCUUAGCUCCGCCGUGGCUUGCCUUCUCUGCCUCGGCCUUGUGCCUCCUCUGUCUCUGCUCGUGCGACCACAUCUAUUACCCUUUCACUCAGAACCCCACCCCCACCCCUACCCCUUUCUCUCUCUGACUCCAACCCAACCCUAACCCCUUUCUCACCCGCCGCCUUCUCCAUCGCCGAAACACACGUCCACCGCACUCACCGCCGCCCUCGAAUCUGCUCCAGUUGCCGUCCCCACUGCUCAAGCACGUCGCCGCUCGUCUCCUCCGUCGCACAGUCCCUGCUCUGCAGUCGCCACUACUCAAGCUCAUCUCCUCCAUCUCGUUCCUCCAUCUCGUUCCUCAUCCAGUUCGCCGCGCUCCGUCUCGUGUGUCCAUCGUGCUCCCGCUCCCUCGCCUCUGUGCUCUAUGCUCUGGAAGGAAAAAGAUCCUCCUCUCACAGCCAAUCUACCGCUAAGCUCUCUCCGGCCCGUUGCUCACUGGAUUGACGGCAUUAGGAUCUUAUUUUUGGGGGGGAUUGGAUACUACUCGGGCCUGUUAGGAUCUUGAAGCCCAUUUUUGGGAAUUUUUUUUUCCAUUCAUUUGGGAACACAGCGAAAACAAGAUUCACCGUUGAGACACCAUGGCCACCAAGUUGCUUCUGAAGAGAGCAAGAGCAAGUCUCUCUAGGUCCUCCUUGCAAUUCUCACCUUCUUCUUUCCGGAUUCUCUAUGUUAAAGCUUCAUCAGAAAUCUUUGGUAAAUUGUGCCACAACGCGCAUCUUCUACCCCUGCCGUUAUCACCUUCUUCCAGAACCUUCUGUUCUCGCAGUUCAAAACUUCUAGAUGAAUCUCAGGGCCCUGCCGCCAUUGAUUACCGUUCUCUACUGCAGGAGGGUGAAUUUCACAAGCUUGCUGAUUCCACUAUACAUAGCCUACAGGAGAAACUUGAGGAUUACGGAGAUGAUGUUGAAGUUGAUGGAUUUGACAUAGACUAUGGGAAUGAUGUUUUGACUGUAAAACUUGGCAAUCUGGGCACCUAUGUCUUGAACAAACAAACACCAAAUAGGCAACUUUGGUUGUCUUCUCCUGUAAGUGGCCCCUCAAGGUUUGAUUGGGAUCGUGGGAGUAAAGUUUGGAUUUAUAGACGAAACAAAGCAAAUUUGUACGAAGUUUUAGAAACCGAGUUGGAGCAGCUGUGUGGCAAACCUAUUGUUCUUUCCUAAUGUUGUUUGAGAGAAGAUGUUUUUUAUUUAGAAGAUAAAUAGCAUUGAUGAUGGCCUUGGAAUUAACAUGCAUUUGUAGCAUGAUUUUUCCCCAUCCCUUUGCCACUGUUCACUUUACUGUCAAUUAUACGGAUAUGGGAAUAUUGUAUACUAUAAAUAAUCAAUUCCGUAGAAUUUCAAUGCAAAAAUGUUAGCAGUAGUUUGCUUCU